CAUUAAUUUAAAAUCAAUAGUUCGAAGGGAGGGAGACAGAGCUGUGUUUAACUUUAAACACAAUGCCAGCCUUUGAACCCAAAAAUCAACGUUUAAACUCAGAGAAUUCGAAAAUUUCAAAGAAGUUUCGAAUCAAAUACACCGAUCCCAAUGCUACAGAUUCAUCUAGUGAAGAAGAAGAAGAGAAUCAAAUUGUGGGUAUUAAACGAAUCGUCAAAGAGAUUUCUUGGUCAACCGUUGUUUUAGAUAAUGACUUCACCAGUUCUUCUUCAAUGACGGCGAAGGGUGUUCGAAAAAGGCCUUGGGGUAAAUUCGCUGCUGAAAUUAGAGAUCCUUUUACAAAGAAACGAUUAUGGCUUGGUACUUUUGAUACUGAAAAGGAAGCUGCCGUUGUUUAUAAUAAAAAGAAACGUGAAUUUCAAAUUAUGUCGGCGGCGGCGGAAGAUGAGUUGUAUUGUCGACGGUCGCCGUCGUCGGUGCUUGAUGUUUGUGUUGGUAAGGUUGAAGAUGAAACUGAUAUGAAACGGCACGUGGUGAAGAAAGUUGUGAAAGAAAGUAGAAUUAUAGAGCCAUGUAAAAGGACUAUAGAAGAAGAUGAAGUAUGUGUUAAUGCUGUUUGGGACGAUGUAGGAUCGGUUAUGGAGUUAUCAUGGGAACCUCCCCCGCCGUUAUGGGAUGAGGAGCUUUUGGGGCCUUGUUGCCUUCAAGAUACGGUGGAUUACGGGCUGACGUUGCCGGAGAAUCUGCCGGCGAUUGAAACAGACUUUGUGCAAGAUAUGGCUUGGGUGGAUGAAUUUUUCAACGUGGAAAGCGAGUAAAACUCAAUUUUGUUAGUGUUGUUGCGGGAGCUGUUAAUUUUUGGGAGAAGUGUACGAGAAAAUCGUAAAAUUUUUAGUUAUUCAAUAUUAUUUUUCAUAAAAAUUCUAUUUUUUUCUUUUAUUUUAUUAAUUUUACUGAACAUUAAUAUAUGUCUGAGAGUUUGAAAAAGCGCGUCCGGAUAGUACAUUAGAUAAAAAUAUUAAAUUACAAUAAACAACCAUACUAAACUUAUUAAAAGAUUUAACCAUACUUCGUAACCUUCUUUAUUAGUUUUAUUUGUAAAUUACAGUUUUGUCCACUCUAUUAUGAGGUCUCUGUAUUUCUUUUAUAAAAUUGAUUUUUUU